ACACACAGGGGCAGGAGCCUGUGCCCCACCCGUGCCUGGACAAAAAUAUCGUGUGCACCUUUUCGUGCGCUUUUCCCCCAAACCAACAAGCGACCCUGCACUUACAUCCUCGUUUCUCGCUGCCAAGAACAGGGACAACAAGCCUCGGAAUCCUCAUGGCCAAGCUGGUGGACAAGUUUGUGGACUCGUGCGGCCACGACGACACCCCGGACGCCGGCUGCGUGCGCGCCGUGCUGGCCGAGCUGGUCCUCACCUUCCUCUUCGUCUUCACCGGAGUCGCCGCCACCAUGGCCGCCACAGGCGCAGGGGUUGAGCCCGGCUUGGCUAUGCCGAUGGCGACGCUGGCGGCGGUGGCCAUCACGAACGCGCUGGCGGCGGGGGUGCUGGUGACAGCGGGGUUCCACGUCUCGGGCGGCCACCUAAACCCGGCGGUGACGGUGGCGCUGCUGGCGCGCGGCCACAUCACGGCCCUCAGGACGGUGCUGUACGUUGCGGCCCAGCUGCUGGCGUCCUCCCUCGCUUGCAUCCUCCUUCGGUACCUCACCGGCGGCAUGGUCACUCCGGUGCACGCCCUGGGCGCGGGCAUCGGCCCCAUGCAGGGCCUGGUCAUGGAGGUCAUCCUCACCUUCUCCCUCCUCUUCGUCACCUACGCGAUGAUCCUCGACCCACGGAGUUCGGUCCGCACGAUCGGUCCGCUGCUCACCGGCCUCAUCGUCGGCGCCAACACCCUCGCCGGCGGCAACUUCUCCGGCGCGUCCAUGAACCCGGCCAGGUCCUUCGGGCCCGCGCUGGCCACGGGAGUGUGGGCCCACCACUGGGUCUACUGGCUCGGCCCGCUGUUCGGUGGGCCCCUCGCCGGGUUCGUCUACGAGUCGCUGUUCUUGGUCAACAAGACGCACGAGCCUCUGCUCGAUGGGGCCUUCUGAUACUCAGGCCUCUCGCAGUGGUUGUGCAUAUAUACAUAUUGGGCAAGGUAAUUAUGGAUUGCUGUAAAAUAGUUCCGGUGCGUGAUUGUGCGAUGUAGAAAUUGCUGAUAGGUCCCUAAGGAUCCUAUUUUUUUGUUCUGUCGAGGACAUGAUUCCGGCUAGUAGUCAGCCAUGUAAAGAUGAAAUGUAGUACAGUAUGUUGGACGCGAAGUUUUUUGUUGGUUAAAUUGUACUUUGGUCGGCAAGUAUUUCGGUCGAUGUCUUUUCCCU